GGUUAGCAGAGGCGUGCAAAGAUGGCAGCGCCCAUGGAGUUGUAUUGCUGGGCCGGCGGGUGGGGGCUGCCCACCGUGGACCCCGAUUGCCUGGCCGUUUUGACGUACGCUCGUUUCACAGGGGCGCCCCUCAAAGUUCACAAAAUCACCAACCCAUGGAGAAGCCCCUCAGGAUCACUCCCGGCCCUCAAGACGUCCAACGGGGUUUUUUCCGAUACGCAGGAAAUCAUCACCCAUUUUAGGAAGCAGCAAUUUAAUGCAGAUUACGACCUCUCUGCCUUGCAAGCAGCCGACACUCUAGCCUUCCUCUCUCUGGUGCACCGGAAACUCCUGCCAAUGCUGAUCCAUACCUUCUGGGUGGACGCGAAGAAUUACGUGGAGCACACGCGGAAGUGGUACGCGGAGGCGAUUCCGUUCCCUCUCAACUUCUUCCUGCCCAGCCGGAUGCAGAAACGGAAACUGGAGCAUUUGCAGACCGUCUGCGGCGAAAGCUGGCAGGACGACGAAGAGCAGCUGGAGAAACAGGUGAGGAAGGACGUCCGAGGCAGACCUGCCUCCCUGGACGCCUCGGUGUUUAGCCUUUUGGCCGGCCUGCUUCACGCCAAACUUCCCAACGGGAAAUUCCAGCAGCACCUCAAAUCGCUCCCAAACCUGUGCAACUUCUGCACCUCUAUUUUGAGCCUUUAUUUUCCGUGGGACGGAGGGGAUCCCCCACCCAUCGUUCCCAAAUUGGCCUCCGGCGACGGCAGCGACGGCGAAGAAGAGACGCACAAGCGACGCAACCAGUUCCUCUCAGUCCUGGUGGCGCUGGUGGCUAUGGUGGGCUACGCCUUCCUGACCGGCAUUGUGUCCAUCCAGAAGGAGAGCCCACACCAGGCCGGUCCCCACGCCAUCACCCUGGACGAGGUGGAGGAGGAGGAGGAGGAAGAAGAGUAAGGGAUGCGGCAGGACCGGCUUCCAGCAGACUUUUAUCUUUUUUAUUCUAGAGCCCAGUUGGAUCCGGUCUCGCUGUUGCGACAAACUUUUUUUAAACCAUCAUUCCAAGGAAAGCCCAACCGGGGCCAAUAAAUUGGAGCAAGCUG